AUGUCACAAGGUACUCUUUACAUUACUCAGCAAAUUAGAAGUCUUGCUCCAAAGGCUUUGAUUAAGCACUUCAACUUGGAUGUCAAAUUGGCAGACAAAGAUGCUACAUUCGAAAAAUACUUUCCAUUGAACAAGAUUCCAGCUUUUGUUGGACCAAAAGGAUUCAGAUUGACCGAAGUCAUUGCUAUUUGCAUUUACUUGAUCAACUUGGCUGAUGCUGAAUCUCCAUUGUUGGGAAAGAAUGCCGCUGCUUACGCCCAGGUCUUGAGAUGGCUUUCUUUUGCCAACUCUGAGUUGUUGCCAAAGGAAGCUUCUGCUUUUAGACCAUUGACUGGUGCUGACCCAUACAACAGAAAGCAAGUUGAAGAGAGUCUUGCAUACUUGAAGAAGGUCAACGGUGUCUUUGAAGAAAGAUUAUCCAACUUUACCUACUUGGUUGGUGAGAGAAUCACUUUGGCAGAUAUUUUUGCUGCUACCGUUUAUGUUAGAGGUUUCGAGUACUUGUACGGUGAACAAUGGAGAAAAGAGUAUCCUAGUAUUACCAGAUGGUUCAAGACCUUGAUUGCUUCUCCAUACUUGAAAGAGUUUGUUGGUGACUUUAAAUUCAUAGAGAAGCCAGUUGAAUACACUCCACCAAAGAAAGAGAAGAAGGAGAAGGCUGCUCAAGCUCCAGCUGCUAAGAAGGAAGCUUCCGCACCAAAAGCUGCUGCUGCUGCUGCUGCUUCUGAACCAGCUGAGCCAGCACCAGCACCAAAGCCAAAGCACCCAUUGGAGGCCUUGGGUAAGCCAAAGGCUGCAUUGGAUGAAUGGAAGAGAGUCUACUCCAACGAGGAGACUAGAGAAACUGCUAUUCCAUGGUUCUGGAAAAACCAAUAUGACCCAGAAGAAUGGUCAUUGUGGAAGGUUGACUACAAAUACAACGAUGAGUUGACCUUGACCUUUAUGUCCAACAACUUGGUUGGUGGUUUCUUCAACAGAUUGUCUGCUUCAACCAAAUACAUGUUUGGAUGUAUGGUUGUUUACGGUGAAAACAACAACAAUGGUAUCACUGGUGCUUUCUUGGUCAGAGGUCAAGAUUACGUUCCAGCUUUCGAUGUUGCUCCAGAUUGGGAAUCUUAUGAGUUCACCAAAUUGGAUGGCUCAAAGGAAGAAGUUCAAAAAUUCGUCAACAACAUGUUGGCUUGGGAUGAGCCAGUCGAAGUCAAUGGUGAGAAGAGAGAAAUUGCUGACGGUAAAGUCUUCAAGUAG